GCGGCGCGACUGAGAGCGCUCGUCCCGAGGCGUCGUCCCGCGUCCACAAAACACAAAACGAGAUGGAACACACGCCGCGGGUCCUCGCCGUGAUCAUCAUGGACGCCGACGGGAACCGCCUCGUCGCCAAGUACUACCCCGUGGCCGCCGGGGGCCGGACGUUCCAGGCCGGGGGCGAGACGGCCUACGAGAAGAAGCUCUUCAGGAAGACGAAGCACAACCACGCCGCCGCCGUCGACUCCGACGCGGUCAUGCUCGACGGCUGCGUCGCCAUCUUUCGCGCGCGCGGGGACACGUUCCUCUACGUCGUCGGCGCGGGCCACGAGAACGAGCUCCUGCUGGACACGGUCCUCGAGGGCCUCUUCGUCGCCCUCACGAUCCUCCUCGACGGCUCGAUCGAGUCGCGGUACGUCCUCUCGAAUCUGGACAUCGUCAUGCUCGCGGUCGACGAGCUCGUGGACCAGGGCAAGAUCCUCGAGGUCGAGCCCAAGACCAUCGCGAACCGCGUGCUCAUGCGCGGCGUCGACGGCACGACGACGAUCACGGACAUGUCCAUCCAGGACGCCAUGAAGGUCGCGCAGGAGCAGCUCAUCAAGUCCAUGUCGUGAGGCCUGCCUCGCGUUCCCGUCGCGCGAGCUUAGGCGUGGCGGCCUCGCGUCGCGCGACCGAUGGCGCGCGGGGGGUGUUGGGCGCCCUGCCGGGCUAGAGGGAGACGGAGUCCGCCGCGAUCUCGAUCUCCGCGCGGAGGACGACGGCGUCGUUGACGCAGAAGCCGAGCGCCUCGACCUGCGUGAGGACGACGUGGGCGAGGGAGGCCGUGCCCGCGGACGUGGAGAUGCGCUUCGCCUGGUCCGCCUUGGCGCCGAAGACGCGCUGGCCCUCGUGCUUCCGCGUGAGGUGGCUGCCGCCGUUCUGGUGGAGCAACGAGAGCUCGAGCGACGCGACGCGCGCGAAGGACCGGUCCGACGGCGCGUCGUAGUGGACGUAGAGCGCGACCAUGCCCGGCCGCUCGCGCUUGAUGCCGCCCUUGUAGAGGUCCAGGGACCAGGGCGCGCCGCCCGGCGGCCGGUAGCGCGCGCCCUGGCGGAAGCCCGACGGCAGGGCCGACCAGCGCUCGACCUUCCAGGUCACGGUGUGCGUCUGGGACCCGGACGCGUUG